UAAUGGCUUUGUGCGGCGGGCGCUGCGCUGCGCUCUGUGCGUGUUGCGCGCCCACUCGCGGCUCCGGGGCGGCGGGGGCCGCGGGGGCCUCGCAGGACCUGGCCCGGCCCCCCCGCGGCCCAGCGUGUGAGUAAAAAAGGAAAGUAAGGUUCUCUUUAUGAAACUGAUCCUCAGUCAAGUGUAACUUUUGAUGUAUGGUCUUUAAAGCCCCCCACUAUGCCAGCAGCUACCGUAGACCAUAGCCAAAGAAUCUGUGAGGUCUGGGCUUGUAACUUGGAUGAAGAGAUGAAGAAAAUUCGUCAAGUCAUACGGAAGUAUAACUAUGUAGCUAUGGAUACAGAAUUCCCAGGAGUAGUUGCAAGGCCUAUUGGAGAAUUCAGAAGCAAUGCAGACUAUCAAUACCAAUUAUUACGCUGCAAUGUAGAUUUGCUAAAAAUAAUUCAACUAGGGCUGACGUUUAUGAAUGAGCAAGGGGAAUACCCUCCAGGAACUUCAACUUGGCAAUUUAAUUUUAAAUUUAAUUUAACAGAAGAUAUGUAUGCACAGGACUCUAUCGAGCUGUUAACAACGUCUGGUAUCCAGUUUAAAAAGCAUGAGGAAGAAGGAAUUGAGACGCAAUACUUCGCAGAACUGCUAAUGACAUCAGGAGUUGUACUAUGUGAAGGAGUCAAGUGGCUUUCAUUUCACAGUGGAUAUGACUUUGGUUAUCUAAUCAAAAUCCUGACCAACUCUAAUUUGCCUGAAGAAGAGCUGGACUUCUUUGAGAUACUGCGAUUGUUUUUCCCUGUCAUCUAUGAUGUAAAGUAUCUCAUGAAGAGUUGCAAAAAUCUGAAGGGUGGAUUGCAAGAAGUGGCUGAGCAGUUAGAGCUGGAAAGGAUAGGACCACAGCAUCAGGCAGGAUCUGAUUCUUUGCUCACAGGAAUGGCCUUUUUCAAAAUGAGAGAAAUGUUCUUUGAAGAUCACAUUGACGAUGCCAAAUAUUGUGGCCACUUGUAUGGCCUUGGUUCGGGGUCAUCUUAUGUACAAAAUGGCACGGGAAAUGCUUAUGAAGAAGAAGCCAACAAGCAGUCAUGACACGAAAUGAAAGGCCGUCUUUUUGAGCUCCACAUGCUUGUACAUACGUUUUAUCUCUGGUUGAACCCCUUGGACAAUAAGGCUUUUUUUCUCCCUUUCUCAGCACACUUUCUUUUCUGCCUUUCUAUGUAUUAAACCUGACUGUUCCUAUCACAGAUUUUGAUCUUGAUAUUGAUAUGUAGAAUUUUAUGGGUUACUUUUGGAGUCAUAACUAGCCCAUUUGUAAAGAAGCUUGUGUAGGAUCAGUGUGGCAGAGAGAAGGGGAAAGCUAAAUCAUUAUGAAUAGUAUGGUAAACUUGCCUAUAUCGGUCUUUGGUCUUAGGUUUUUUGUCUCUUUCCCCUCCCUUCUCCAAAUUAACUCAUGCUGAUUGUAACUAACUUCCCCGUUCAUGUCUGUUCCUUCCAGUAUGCAGGCGUUUUAGCUAUUCAAGAUUGUGGACCAUCAAAUUUGCACUUUAGAGAGCAACUCUGACUCAAUCCUCUGUUUCAUUUGAAGUUUUUUUUUUCCCUUCUGCCCUUAGCUAGGAAACAAUAAUCCUCCAAGUUCAGCAGCUUCACACUGUAUUUUUGGCAUCUUUUGGUAUUUCAACCCAUAGAACAUGACAUUUGCUGUAUAACCUGCAUUCGUUCAAGCAAAACAAACUACUGAAACCAUAGUAACUGCUGUUGUUUUACUAGUGUUCUGCCAUCAAACACGUCCUGCACAUGCCAACUGCUGGUUGGCUGGCUGCUUUAGAUCCGCUCUGUGAGGAGGGAAAGAAGCUUGAGAAGACAGCUUUAAACCCUUCAGGAAAAGAACAGCUGUGACUUUACCACCUUUGCCAUUAAGCUGAGAUUUGAAGGCUAUUGGAAUAGUAGGAAUUUUGUAAUGGCGCACUUCCCUUGAUUAACUUUUAUUCUAGUGACACAUAUACAACAAAUAUUUUUUUAUGAAGUCGUAUUUAUUAUGUAGGUGAUUUGACAACUUUUGGAAGUCAGUUCAGUUCAAGAUAAAACCCAAAGAUCUGAAAAAAAACACAAAACAACCCUAUUUAACUGAAUUAGGACAACUAAAUUGUGCUUUUUUGUAGUUGCUACAAAGACAGAUGUUACAGAUAUUUGUUGUAAAACAACAAAAUAUAAAUAACUUAGAACAAAUAAAGUUACUUGAGGAUUGUAAUGCUAGUUUAUUUUUGAGUAUAUCGUAGCAAUAUAUUUUAGAUAUAUUGUUUUAAAGGACCCUAAAAUACGUUCUUAUCUCUGCUUACCAUGUGUACAGAGCAGUUGUGCAGGAGGCAUUUUUGGUAUUGAAUAGCUAAAUCCGAGCCUGAAAUGAUGGAAAGUGCGACAUUGUGUGCCUGGGUGUGCGUGCGCGCGUAGCGGUGUGCGUGUUCCACUCGGAAAUCAAUCAUAGAAAAACUCCAGAUGUUCGCCAAUUCUUCUGUUUACCUUGUACUGCAAAGACGAAUAACAGAUGGCACCAAAUACCUUUUUCAUUGGGUUACAACGAUGUAACUGGGUGGUCCUUUUUAAACAACAAAUAAUUUGCAUAACAGAGGGUAUUUGUUUUUAAAGCUUUUGUAAAUAAAGGCCUAAAAAAUGUUUUCUUACAUAACAA